GGGUUCCUGAUGCACCUGGCCAGCGAGUGCCCCCUGGCAGCCAACGGCUCCGUGCUCCGGUUCGACUUCGCCUUCGUCUUCAACAAGAACCCGCUGGUGUGUUACAACGACCACGACCAGCUCUUCGAGGCCUGUGACAUGGGCCUGCUCAACCCUUUGGCCGCACGUAUGGCCGCCCAGCUCAACAAGGACGCCGGCUGGCGCCAGCGCAUGGCAGGGGGGCGCCAGGCCUGCCAGAGCCAGAGCCAGCGCCUCUGGAGCCGCACGGGGCAAAGGAAGACGCCUCCUAGUGUCCGCAUCGUCUCCACGGCCCUGUCGAACCCCGCGGGGACCGUGCGCCUCACCUGCCACGUCUGGGGCUUCUACCCGGCGGACGUGGGGGUCACCUGGCUGCGGAACGGGAGCCCCCUGGAGCCCACCGAGGACGGCCUGAGCCCGGCGCUGGCCAACGGCGACUGGACCUACCAGACCCACGUCAGCCUGCUCACCACCCCCAAGCCCGGGGACACCUACACCUGCCAU